GAGAGAGAGAAUCUCUCUAAUGAUAUAAUGAUCGUUGUGGUGGUGGUGAUGGAGAUGUUGUGAUUACAAUAAAACAGAACAUGUUGUCAUUUUGAUUUCGAUUUUUUGAAUAAUAUUCACCCAGUUCUGUCUCAAAAGGACAAGACUUUUGUUUUUUGUUUUUUUCAAAUCUAUCUCUCUCUGGCGUAGAUGCGAAGUUAACAGCGCCGCGUACGUAUAAAAAAAGCCUUUUCCAUGGCUUUCCAGCGGCGGCGCUACAAUUACUACAACCGUCUCCGUCGUCUCCUCCCUCUAAUAUGCGCCUUCUCCGGAGCUCUUCUCAUCCUCUUCGCUCUUCUCUCCAUCUUUUCUCCUCCUCCUGAUGAUUCCGAUCGCCGCAUUUCCAAGCAGAUUAACUAUGGAGGCAAUGUUGAGAAGCACGUAGCAGCAGUGGUUUUCAGAGUUCCGAGAAGUGGAGGGAGAUCAGAUCGUGAUAUCUGGCGUUCAUGGAAUGCUGAACUCUUUUACGGGUGCUGCAAUGCAAGCACCAAGUUCCCAAAUGCUAAAGCAAUUACUAGAAGUGAUCGCUACUUGGCAAUCGCCACUAGUGGUGGUUUAAACCAACAACGAACUGGUAUCGUAGAUGCUGUUGUUGCUGCAAGAAUUCUAAACGCUACGCUUGUUAUUCCAAAGUUAGACCAGAAAUCCUACUGGAAAGAUGCCAGUAACUUCUCCCAUAUCUUCCAAGUUGAUUGGUUUAUAGCAACUCUCUCAAAAGACGUCAAAAUCAUAGAACAACUUCCACCUAAAGGAGGGAAAACAUGGACACCCAGCAGAAUGCGUGUACCAAGAAAAUGCAAUGAGAAAUGUUAUAUCAAUCGGGUUUUACCUGUUCUUCAGAAAAGGCAUGCAGUUCAGUUGAAUAAAUUUGAUUACAGACUUUCAAACAAGCUGAGAGAUGAUUUGCAAAAGCUGAGGUGUAGAGUAAACUAUCACGCCCUCAAGUUCACUGAUCCCAUUCUUAAAAUGGGUAACGAAUUGGUCAGAAGAAUGCGGUUAAGGAGCAAACACUACAUUGCUUUACACCUUAGGUUUGAGCCGGACAUGCUCGCCUUCUCUGGAUGUUACUAUGGUGGUGGUGACAAGGAGAAGAAAGAGUUGGGAUCUAUCAGAAGGAGAUGGAAAACUUUACAUGUGACUAACCCUGAAAAGCAAAGGCGACAAGGAAGAUGUCCGCUUACACCAGAAGAAGUUGGAUUAAUGCUUAGAGCUUUAGGAUAUGGAAGUGAUGUUCAUAUAUAUGUUGCAUCAGGUGAAGUUUAUGGAGGAGAAGAGUCAUUAGCUCCAUUGAAAGCUCUUUUCCCACAUUUCUAUUCUAAAGACACUAUAGCUACCAAAGAGGAGUUAGAACCGUUUUCUUCUUACUCUUCACGAAUGGCUGCGUUGGACUUUCUUGUGUGCGAUGAAAGCGAUGUCUUUGUUACUAACAAUAACGGAAACAUGGCGAGAAUAUUAGCUGGUCGAAGGAGGUAUUUUGGACAUAAACCGACGAUUAGACCGAAUGCUAAGAAGCUGUAUAAGUUGUUUCUAAGCAAAGAGAACACAACUUGGGAGGAGUUUGCUUCAAGAGUCAGAACGUUUCAGAAAGGAUUCAUGGGAGAGCCCAAGGAAGUAAGAGCAGGUAGAGGUGAGUUUCAUGAGAAUCCGUCCACUUGUAUAUGCGAAGAUACAGAUGGUAAGGCUAAAGAGGGAGGUAUGGAUUCAAGAAAACUCGGUAAGAAAAACAAAGUGACCAAUGUUGAACAGAAGGAAGAGGAAGAUGGAGAAUGGUCUUCAGAUUAUGAAGAAGACCAAACUGAUUUGCAUGACAGAGGAUUGUAUAACGGUACGAGGUUAGAUUAUGAGGAUAUGUCUUCAGAUGAGCCUGAGCUUGAAGAAAUGCUGUCAGAUUGA